AUGGUAGAUGAAGGACAGCCUGAACCUGAGUUCCAAAGAAUAUUGGAUAUUGUUGAUCAUAAUCGUGACGGAUAUGUAACACUUCAAGAAUACAUGGCUUUCAUGAUCAGCAAGGAAACAGAGAAUAUCCAAUCCUCCGAAGAAAUCGAGAUGGCCUUCCGUGCUUUAUCCAAAGAAUUCCGCCCCUAUGUUACUGCAGAAGAGUUACAUGCUAACCUUACAACGGAACAGGCAGAGUAUUGUAUCCAUAGAAUGAAAGCUUACACCGAUGCUAUUUCUGGACGAUCCAUCCAAGGAGGCUUAGACUACGAACAGUUCGUGCACGCCCUCUUCCAGAGCUAA